CGAAACAAAGUAAAUCGGGAAAGAAAACGUUGUCGUAAAGUAUACUAUAAGAAAAAAGUUGGCAACCUUCUGGAUUCGAAACCUAAAGACUGGUGGCGAGAGGUAAAACAGCUCAGUGGUCAGCAAUCAACACGGCCAGACCUCAGAUCCAUAAUUAGAUUUGACGUUGAGGACAGUGAUGAAGGUUUAGGAAAUAGGAUUAACGAGGCCUUUAUCAGUGUCAUGAAAGAUUUCCCCCCGCUGCCUGAAGAUUUUAACCUAUCGACUGACAAUGAUGAACCAAUUAGCGUCUCAGAAACAACAGUGGAGCGGCUACUACGUGCAAUCAGUGUUUCCAAAGCUAGCGGUCCUGAUGAACUCCCCAAUUGGGUUCUAAAGAGCUUUUCUGACAUUCUGGCACCUGCAAUUACGGAUAUACUUAAUGCAUUCUUCCGUGAAUGCAAGGUGCCGAGG